GCGCGGGGCGGAGCUUGGCGGAGAGGGGGAAGGGGUCGCCGGGGCUGCCGCGGCUCCCGCUCCUCGAGUUGGCGGCUCCCUCGGGGGCUGCUAGGCGGGCGUCGAGUCCGCAGGGCGCGCGGCCGCGGUCGCUGGGUGACACGCUCAGCCGCGGGCAGAGGCGACAUGAGCGCCGCGGGGCUGUUGGCUCCGGCUCCGGCCCCGGCUGGAGCACCGCCGGCCCCGGAGUACUACCCCGAGGAGGACGAAGAGCUGGAGAGCGCGGAGGACGACGAGCGCAGCUGCCGCGGCCGCGAGUCGGAUGAAGAUACCGAAGAUGCUAGUGAAACUGACCUGGCAAAGCAUGAUGAAGAGGACUACGUAGAAAUGAAGGAACAGAUGUAUCAGGAUAAACUGGCUUCCCUCAAGAGACAGUUGCAGCAGCUGCAGGAAGGUACGUUACAGGAAUAUCAGAAGAGGAUGAAAAAACUAGAUCAGCAGUACAAAGAGAGGAUCCGAAAUGCAGAGCUCUUCCUCCAGCUGGAAACUGAACAGGUGGAGAGAAACUACAUUAAAGAAAAGAAGGCAGCGGUGAAAGAAUUCGAAGACAAGAAGGUAGAGCUGAAGGAGAACCUGAUUGCUGAGCUGGAGGAGAAGAAGAAAAUGAUCGAAAAUGAAAAGCUGACUAUGGAGCUGACGGGAGAUUCUAUGGAAGUGAAACCCAUCAUGACCAGAAAGUUGCGGAGGCGACCAAAUGAUCCUGUCCCCAUCCCAGACAAGAGGAGAAAACCCGCUCCUGCCCAGCUAAACUAUUUGUUAACAGACGAACAGAUCAUGGAGGAUCUGAGAACGUUAAAUAAGCUUAAGUCACCUAAGAGACCAGCAUCCCCGUCCUCUCCUGAACACUUACCUGCCACACCGGCAGAGUCUCCAGCCCAGAGAUUCGAAGCUCGAAUAGAAGAUGGGAAACUGUACUAUGAUAAAAGAUGGUACCACAAGAGCCAGGCCAUCUAUCUGGAGUCAAAGGACAACCAGAAGCUGAGCUGUGUGAUCAGCUCUGUCGGAGCCAAUGAGAUCUGGGUGCGGAAGACAAGUGACAGCACCAAGAUGAGGAUUUACUUGGGCCAGCUUCAGCGCGGGCUCUUUGUGAUCCGCCGGAGUUACCUGUGGCCCCCUGUGGCCUGGAAGCAGGAGAUCCUCCUCCUCCCAUACCAUCAGAAGGUCAGGGUAGCCUGACGCUGAGUCACCAUGCCCGGGUCACACACCUCACUCCACCUCAUCACGCGGGCAUGUUACCCUCUCACAGCAUCCCAGGAAGAAGGUAUCUCCAAAUUGACCCCUUGGAAAGCCCCAAAGGUUCUCACUCAUGAAAGCUUCCAAGUGUCAGCUUUGUAAUCUAGCAUAUCUGGAGAGUCACCAACUUCUUGGACCCCAGUGUCGCCUACUCUGGGACAAGGCUACCGCGGCAACUGUUAAUGGCCCACCGUGUAUCCCCCUCGGUCCGUCUGGACUCACCUUCAGCUGGCCACAGUUUCCACCUGCAUCUCCCUUUUUUUUUGCCCAAGGGCUUCCUCUGCUAUCAGAGAGAACAGUGUCAGAUCGAACAGCCUCGGCGAAACCCUCAGCUACUGAGGCAGGAAAAUCAUCGAAUAGAUGGCCUAGCCUCCUCAUCCUCCAGUGAGACCAUUUACAGAUUUUAUUUAUUUAUUUGAGAGAAUGAGCGAGCAAGAGCACAAGCAAUGGGAGAAGGAGAAGCAGACUCCCUGCUGAGCAGGGAGCCCGACAUGGGGCUCAAUCCUGGAACUCCAACAUCACACCCCAGGCGGAGGGCAGACGCUUAACUGACUGAAACACCAGGUGCCCCGAACCAGUCACAUGGAUCGCGACUCAGCGGAUGAUAACUAGAUGACCGUGAAGUUCAGUUCUACGUCAUGUCUGGAAGGUAGAAGGCCAGAAGCGUUGUGCACAGCAUUAGUGACUCUCUAAAGUGCUGUGAACAUCUUUAAGGCUUCUGAUGCACAUUGCCAGGUUAUCCUCCGGAAUGGUGUGUCCGUUUAUCCUCUUACCUGUGAAACUGACUAGGACUUGUUGGAAUAAUGUGCCGUGUUCCGCCACAUGGGUAUCAGAAGUUAUGUCAUCAAUCCCCUGCCAACGAGCACUUAUCAUUUCUAUCACAAUGAUGUGAUGUACAUUGUUUUACACACAUGAUUUUGUCCCCUUAUGUCUGUAGAAUAAAUUUACAGAAAUUGGACCAUUGAAUCGAAGCGUAUAAACACUCUUAAGACUUUUGAUACAAACACUCAUACUGCCCUCUCAAAAUGUUGUGCCUUUUUAUAUUCCUGCUGUCAGAAUAGAGAAGAACCUGUUUCAUUGAUUUGGAGAGAGUGAUAGCAACAGCUGUGGGUUUCUUCCAAGUUUCUGGAUUCUAAAUCUCCAAGUCCAGAUGCUUCUGACCUAGGAUGGUUAGAGGCUGAGUUCAGAUACUUGGAUUUGCAUCAGGUGAGGAAGAGAGAGAGAGAGAGAGAGAUAGUUAUCUGCAAGAGCCAUUUCCAGGCUGGGCAGGCACUGAGUGUUCUAACUUGCCUUUGUCUUAAGGUAGAGUGUCUGCCUGCCAGGUUUCCUGAAACCUCGUGUCAGAUCAGCCAGACUAAUGGGUAAGGCACACUGGAUGAUAGAAAAACUAAUGGAGCACUUGUUUGACGCACCACAUCGGCAGACCACUCCGAUUUCUCUGUGACAGUGGCCAGGUCAUCCCCACCCUGCUGAUCACAGCAGAAGGGGAGAAGGCCACUUGGCAAAUUGAAGCCCAUUAAUGGAGUAACUGGGGAAGGACACGUGAAGGGGAGAGAGAGAACAGGACUGGUAGAUGCAUUAUCUGACAAUGGAUUUAUCACUUUGGGGAAAGUUAAAGAGCUACAUGCAUCGGGAUGGAUCUGAGUUUGCUAUUUGAGACAUUAAUAAAAAUAUAGAGUGUGGGGAGAAGGGGUGCCCACAUCGCUCUCCCUUAAAGAUUCACGGCACAUUUGGGAGAAGGUGAAUUCUCAAGAUUAUAAUGUUACUGUUUCUCUUUCAUGUUCUGUUUGUUUCCAUAAUAAUGAUGUUUACUAAGGGGGGAAGAAGAGAAAGCAUGAAAAUUUUAAGUAGAGAUUACUAUAAAGCCUGCAUUCUGAGCUUUAGUAUAGUUCUGCUUGGGCUUAUGUGCCUGCAUAAAUGUGCACACAUAGGUGCACACUCAGCCUCUGUACCUCUCUCCGGCCCUGUAUUAAUUAGGAUGUUUUGACUGAAUAGAAUAAACCUAGCUCAAAGUGAGGUAAGUAAUAAGGAUAUUUAUUAUGAGUAGGGAGACCGUAUCAUUUAUCAUUCAAGCCAGGAAACUAUUGUUCCGUACAAAUGCUGAAGCAGGCAGUCCUCUGGCACAAAUGCAAAGUGGAAUAGUUCCAGGAAAACCAGGAUUGUUAUUAAUGGAAUGUUUGUGCCCCCCCACCUGCACCCAACCAAUUGAUAGGUUGAAAUUUAAUCCCCGGUGUGAUGCGAUGGUGUUUGGAGGUAGGGCUUUGGGGAAGUCAUGCGGUCUGGAUGGUGGAGCCUUUAUGAGUGGGAUUAGUGCCUCUGUAAGGAGAGGCCAAAGAGCUAGCUAGCCCAGGUGAGGAUACAAGGAGAAGUCAGUCUUCCUGGAAGAAGAUGUUUCUCCGCAGAACCUGACCAUGUUGGCGUGCUGAUCUCAGACUUCCACCCUCCAGAACUGUGAUAAAUGAAUUUUUGCUGUUUAAGACGCUCUAUCUGUGGCAAUUUAUGAUAUCAGCCCAGGCUGAUGAAGACAAGGUUGUAUGAUCACCAGAAUUAUCCUAUAUAUCAUGAAAUCUCUAGACAGGACAGCUCUAAAAUCAAUUUCAAGGAUCAAAGACAUCGAGGCUCUUUAUGUCAGCGGCUAGCACUUGCCCUUAUACUUUUCCCUCAGAGCUCAGAGAUGGCUGCCACAGCUCCAAGCAUCAAAACAUCAACAUUCUCAAAGGCAUUGACUUUGUAAGAGCAAGAAGUACAUUUCCCAGAGCCCCCAGCAGACUUCACAUUAUGUCCACUGGUAGGAAUUGCGUCACGUGUCACUGAAGGGGCAAUGGAUUACUGUGGUUGGCUUUGACCAGUCAAGACUCAACCCUCCCUUGCAUCCAAGAGGAGUUCAGUCCAACUUCAAGCACUUAGCUCUCAGGAGAGUGAAUAAAAUCAGAGUUCUCCAGGGAAAGGGAAAAAGGAUGGGUGGUUGUUGGAUAGGCAGUCAAGAGGGCCUGCCAUUCACCUGCUCUGGCCAGAUCUCCUGGGUGGGGUCUGUUGAGAAGCGGAGCAGGGAGGCAGACAUAGGUAAUCAAUGGAAUGCACAAGCCAUUUGCAAAUAACCAAGGCCCUAGAGUGUCUGUGCAUGCAAUGAUUUAAUGUUUCAAAGAACCUUUGUUGCUUUCAUCUCCCUCGCUUCCCACAAUAGUCCUGUGAGUUUGGCAGCUCGGGUAGGAGGGGCCUCAUUUCUCCACAGCAUCCAGCGUCCAGAGGCCGAUAUGUCAAUGUUCGUAUCCAAUGGGGAGGAUAAGUGGGGCUCAGAGUAGUUAGUAACUUGCUGCUGAUCUCAAAACUACAGUCCUGUCCAGGAAAGGAUUAGAACUCAGUUCUCUCUGACUCCACUGUCCAUUAUCAUACUAUGCUAUGCUGAGCUCAAAAGUCAAGACAUUUUGAGGUGCCUGGGAGGCUCAGUGGGUUAAAGCCUCUGCCUUCAGCUCAGGUCAUGAUCCCAGGGUCUUGGGUUCGAGCCCCACAUCGGGCUCUCUGCUCAGCGGGGAGCCUGCCUCCCUCCCCUCUGCCUGCUUCUCUGCCUACUUGUGAUCUCUGUCUGUCAAAUAAAUAAAUAAAUAAAUAAAUAAAUAAA